UGUGCUUCCUCUUCAACAUGUAAUUACAGUAACAUUGUCCACGCCCGCAGUAGAAAUGGAUUUUGAAAUCAGUCCGUUGACUUACGCUAACAACGAGUUUCGCCCAGAAGAUAAAGUAGUCACCAGACUAUUUGAGGAGGUAUGGAGUUGGAGACUGAAGACCAGUCCAGAAUUUGCUUCCUAUUGUGGUGUCCAUGAUUAUGACGACAAGUUAGAUGAUAUUGGACUUGAGGCAUUUCAGGAAUGGAAGACCACAGUUGAGGAGUUCCUGGAGAGAUCCAAGGAAAUCAACACUGAGAUGAUCAGUGAAGGUGCUAAACUUGACCUGGCGCUUCUCCAGGAGGAAUUCAAAACCUUCCUGUCAGCCUGCAAGUUUAAGGGGUGGUGCUUCCCAAUAACAUUCCAAGAUGGUGUUCACAAUGAUGUACAUCUACUUCUGAGCUUUUCAAAGUUUGAGAAAGAAUCUGACUACAGAGUCUACAUAGAACGAUUAAAGUGUUACCCUAGACAGAUUUCACAAGUGAGAGAGAUGUGUGAAGAGGGAAUGAAGACAGGUUACAUGACUCACAUGGUUUCUAUGAAUGAAGUACCAGACCAGAUCAAUAUUCUGACAAAUGGUGGAAAGCUAGAUACUAAAGCAUCAACUUUUUUGUCACCGUUCGGAAAGGAAGUGCAUGGUAUUUCUCCAGAGAAAAUGGAAGAGCUGGAGAAGGAAGCUAUAUCUGUAUUAGAGGAUAAAGUCAUCCCUGCCUUUAUAGACCUUCGGGAUUAUCUCUUGUCUGUAUAUAUGAAGAGAACAAGACCCUGUAUUGGGGUGUGUACUCUACCUAAUGGACCCAAAUAUUACCAACAGUGUCUGAAUUUUCACACGUCAACAAAUCUGACACCAGCAGAGGUUCACAACCUUGGUUUACAGGAGGUUGAGAGAAUUUCAAAAGCGAUGCAGAAAAUAUCAAUGGAAGAAGGAUUUGGUUCAAACAUCCAGCGCUUCAUGAAACACAUAAAAAACAACAAGGAAUUUUACUAUCAAACCAAGGAAGAUCUGUUGUCUGGAAUUAAAGACAUCUGUACAAAUAAAAUCAGACCCAAACUCUCAAAGCUGUUCAAGACAAUCCCAGAUGUAGAUAUGACGAUCAAAGCAUCGCCUAGUGCUAUGAGUUCAGCUCCUGUGGGAUAUUACAUGGCGGGUACCAUGGAUGGAUCUCGACCAGGAAUUUACUAUGUCAACACUGCUCAUGUCACAGACACGCCAAAAUAUGAGUUAAUGGCGCUAAGUCUCCAUGAGGGUGAACCUGGUCACCACCUACAGAGUAUGUAUGCUAUACAGCAGAAGGGAGUACCAACCUUUCGUCAGUACAUAGAGGAUAUGAAGUAUUCCCGAGCCCCCACCAGAUUCUCCCUCCAGACUGCUUACAUUGAGGGCUGGGGACUUUACUGUGAGGCGUUGGGAGAGGAGCUUGGACUAUACAGUACAAAUUAUGAACUGUUUGGCAGAUACACCUUUGAAAUCCUGCGGGCUGCUCGUUUGGUGGUGGAUACAGGGCUACAUGCGAUGGGGUGGACAUUUGAGAAUACUAAAAAAUACUUAAUGGAGAGGGCCUUUAUGCAUGAGUGGUUUGCUGACAGCGAGUCAAAACGCUACAUUACCUGGCCAGGACAGGCAUGUGCAUACAAGAUAGGGGAACUGAAGAUCAAGGAACUGAGAAAGAGAGCAGAAAAGGAACUGGGUGAUGCUUUUGAUGUUCGUGAAUUCCACGAAGCUGUUCUACAAUGUGGGCCGGUCCCUCUGAAUGUACUAGAGGGCAUGAUCACAGCAUUUAUCAGAGAAAACAAAAACUCCAACAAUCAACAUGUCUCUAACGAUUCCGAAGAAAUAAAUUCAGACGAUUCUUAAAUGAAUAAAUAUGAUCAGCUGCAUCUUGAUAUUCUCCGAGUGAAAUAUCAGUACAAUCCAAAUGGCAUACACUCUCCAGCAUUUAAACUGUGUAUGAAUACCUGCCCUUUUUAUAGAUUUAUGUUAAACAGGUAACUUGAGUUAAGGAUACGAUACUCUAUAGUUAUUAAAUUUCGCAGGGUAAUUAUUUCGUGGAUGUCCCAGGUGACCUAAAUUUCACACAUCCUCGCCUUGUAAGCAUUUUGAAGUAUUCAAACACUUCUACACAUUUGUACAAAAUGUAUAUAUAAAUGUUUGCUGCAUAUUUAUUUUUGUGCUAUAUUUAAUGGUUGUGAAUAUAGUAACUUAAACCCCCUGCAAUUUUUACCAACUAUACAGUAAAUAUAUAUGUAUCUGUCAAAUCCAACUUAUAUGCUAGUCGAAAUGAUCUUUAUGUUAAUUGAAAAGAAUAUACCUUAUUAUUUGAUUGUAUCAUUUACAUACUUGUCGACAUGGAAAACAUCAAUCUCUAAUUUAUAGUCGCCUAUCCAUUCAUGUUUUUUCUGUAAUAAUAAAUUUUCACAUUUGUUC